AUAAACCAUAACCACCAUACGCUCAUCCCAUUUUAAUCUGUUAAGUUUUAGUCGAUUUUGUUUAUAUAUUAUUUAAUAAAAAUUUCAAUAACAAUGGAUCCGGCACUAUUGCGGGAACGUGAACUUUUCAAACGAAAAGCUUUGACAACGCCUACUGUAGAAAAGAAGAAAACAGAAGUGAAGUCGGAGCCUGUAAAAGAAGAUAAAAAACCAAAGAAAACCAGUGUAAAUAGUGCCCCAAAACUAGAUAUAAAUACAUAUAAGACUGCAACUGGAAGUUCACAAUAUAGAUUCGGUGUUCUCACGAAAAUCGUAAAGCAUAUGAAAACGAGGCAUCAAGAAGGAGAGACUCAUCCUUUAUCGUUAGAAGAAAUAUUAGAUGAAACAAAUCAAUUGGAUGUCGGAAAUAAAGUGAAACAGUGGUUAGCAACAGAGGCAUUAAUAGAUAACCAUAAAAUUGAGGUAACACCCGAUGGAAAGUUCAUAUUUAAGGCAUUAUAUAGACUCAAAGAUCGAAAGAGUUUGUUGAAAUUAUUGAAACAACAAGAUUUGAAAGGCUUAGGAGGUAUUCUUUUAGAUGAUGUUCAAGAGUCAUUGCCUCAUUGUGAGAAAGCACUGAAGAUCCUGCAAAACCAAAAUGAAAUAAUCUUUAUAAAUAGACCAAUUGAUAAGAAAAAAAUUUUAUUUUACAAUGAUCGAACAGCAAAUUUACCAAUUGAUGAAGAAUUUCAAAAACUCUGGCGUUCUGUUGCUGUGGACGCAAUGGACGACGAGAAAAUCGAUGAAUAUUUAGAAAAACAAGGCAUCAGAUCAAUGCAGGAUCAUGGUCCUAAAAAGCCGGCUGCACCCAAAAGAAAAAAGGCUAGCCAAAGGAAACGACAAUUUAAGAAACCAAGGGAUAAUGAGCAUUUGGCAGAUGUAUUAGAAACUUAUGAAGACAACACAUUAACUCUAAAGAACACUGUUUAACUUUACCAACAUAUUUUAAAACACUAUAUUUUUAAGUAAUUUUAUUUUAAGUUAAAAAACUUAAAUUUACUAUAAAAUUUUAUUAUACUGUACUUUUCUUUAUUGGUAUUAAAUCUAUACAAUUUUUGAAAUGCUACUUGAA